AGAGAGAGGAGAGAGAGAGAAGAGGCUGGUCCAGCCCGGUGUGAGGUGGGAGAGAAAAUAAUAUCCCAACACACACACACACAUUAAUAUCUCUCCAAUAUCCCCCCCAAGAUGGCUGCCAACGUGGGAUCAAUGUUUCAGUAUUGGAAGAGAUUUGAUCUGCGCCGGCUGCAGAAAGAACUGAACUCCUUGGCAUCAGAGCUGGCCGCGCGGCAGGAAGAGAGUGAGCAUUCCCACAAGCGGCUUAUUGAACUCAGCCGGGAGUUUAAGAAAAAUGUCCCAGAGGAAAUCCGCGAAAUAGUAGCGCCAGUUCUGAAAAGCUUUCAAGCCGAGGUGGUUGCACUUAGUAAAAGAAGCAAAGAAGCAGAGGCAGCAUUUUUGAGUGUGUACAAGCAACUAAUUGAAGCGCCAGACCCUGUGCCUCUACUGGAAGCAGCACGUUGUUUAGAAGACAGGUUGCAGCAUCUUCAGUGCAUUGAUCCCGAAAACAAAACUUUGAAAGAAAUCAGCAGACACUGGAAGAAGUAUUCUGAUUUCUUCUCUAUUUCCAAAGAGCGGAAAGAGGGAGCCGUUCCAGCUGGGAUCCCAGUGCAGAGGGAGGACACCUGGCAGACCAACAAAGUCUUCAUCCCAGACACCUUCCAGCAGAGGAACGAGGCAGAGACCGAAAAAGGGUUACAAGAGGCUCAGAUCACUUUGGCUGUCAGACUUGGUGAGGCUGAAGAGAAGAUCAAGGUUCUCCAUUCAGCUUUAAAGACAACACAGAGAGAGCUGCUGGACCUGCGGUGUCAAUAUGAUAAGGAGACCGCGUCUAAGGCAGAUGAAGUGGGUAUGAUAAUGACCAAUCUUGAAAAAGCCAACCGGAGAGCAGAAGCUGCUCAGAGGGAGGUUGAGAGUCUCAGGGAGCAAUUAUCAUCUGUAAAUAAUUCCAUUAGAUUGACCUCUUGUUCUCCACAAGGAUCUACAGGGGACAAGACAGGCUUUUCCUUGUGUUCCGGGUCUCAUUUAGAAGCAGCGUUAGCAGUCAAAGACAGGGAAAUCCUAAGACUCCUGAAAGAUAUCCAGCAUCUUCAGAACUCCAUACAUGAGCUGGAAGAAUCCUCUGCCAGCCAGAUUGCUGACCUGGAACAGCAGCUGAUUAUCAAAACAGAAGCCAUAGAGAAACUGGAAGAGAAGUUACAGAGUCAGUCGGAUUAUGAAGAAAUUAAAACGGAAUUGAGCAUCUUGAAGGCCAUGAAGUCUAUGUCUUCCAACUCUGAGCUUUCCCAGGAAACAUCCAAAGCUGCAGAUAAUAUGUCAGUCCCAAAAGAAGCCUUCUACCCGUCGCAGGGCUAUCUGUUAGAAAAACAGAGCAUCGUUCACAGCAGUGAGGAGGAUCAUUCCGAUGAUGACACUAUGAAAGAACCUUCAAGAGCCGAGAGACCCUAUUCAUCUUCUCCUCCAAAUUCUCUGCAUUUGCGAGUCGGGUCCGCUACACCAAACUCUUCUCAGACUCUCCUGGAAGCAUCCACUGAAAAGGGAGCUCAAAGGACUUUUUCGCCCAACACUUACCCCAGCAUAAAAGAACAGCUUUCUGGAAACGCACUUCACAAAAAGCAGAUAAUUCUGCCUUUGCCCAAGACUGAAAGUAACACAGUACUCUCUUGUCCAUCCUCAUUUUAUACAGUAAAGACCAACGUUCUGUCCAACAACGUCCUUUCAUCCACAGGAGCUCAUGAUUCAAGUCCACUCAGCGAUCAAUCAGAGGGGAGCAAUUCUAGUUCAAUAGAUGAGGAACAUCUAGACACAUCGGAAAUUGCUUUCCAAGUUAAAGAGCAGCUCUUGAAACACAACAUUGGACAACGUGUGUUUGGUCAUUAUGUCCUGGGGCUCUCUCAGGGAUCUGUGAGCGAAAUCUUAGCAAGACCCAAGCCUUGGCGAAAGCUUACGGUGAAAGGGAAGGAGCCCUUUAUUAAGAUGAAACAGUUUCUUUCAGAUGAGCAGAAUGUCCUUGCACUGAGAACCAUUCAGGUUCGACAAAGAGGAAGCAUCACACCCAGAAUUAGAACCCCAGAAACAGGUUCUGAUGAUGCUAUCAAAAAUAUUCUGGAACAAGCAAAAAAAGAGAUCCAGUCUCAGAAUGGGGGUGAAACAAAAGGCAGCAGCGCUCCUUUGUCCACCACUUCUGGAACCAGUAACAGCUCCGAAGAUGCAAUUAAGAGUAUUCUAGAGCAAGCAAGGAGGGAGAUGCAGGCUCAGCAGCAGGCACUAUUAGAAAUCGAGUCUGGGAGCAGCCAUAGGUCUGUUCCUACACCACCAGCUGAGCGCCCUGUCUCCAUACCUUCCAACAAUGCAGCCCAUAUUUGUAUUAAACAAGAAGAUAACUCCUACUUAACCAGCACAAGUAGCAGCUCCACGCAGACUCCGCUGAGUGUGUUAUCACCUGCAGCUUUCGUACAGAGCAUAAUACGCAAAGUGAAGUCAGAAAUAGGUGAUGCCGGGUCAUAUUUUGACCAGCACUGGGCGUCGGAAAGAAGCUUGAUGAGCCGUCCCUUCACCUCUGUGUCGCCAUCACUGUCGUCAUCUUCAAGUUACUCCAGCACUGUCAACGUUAGACAAUGGAAAAGGGGAGAUAAUGGAGAUACUGCACCCAGUGAGGAAGAUAUAAGGACGGGAGAAGAAGCGCACAAAGGUUUGGAUGUAAAGACUGAAGCUGUGAGCUUGGAUCAGCAAACCAUCAGCCGUCUUUCUUACUAUCCUGCCUACAUCCCAAGGAAUCUCAAGCCCACUGUGCCCCCUCUAACCCCAGAGCAGUAUGAGAUGUACAUGUACAGGGAAGUGGAUACCCUGGAACUUACCAGACAGGUCAAGGAAAAGCUGGCUAAGAAUGGUAUCUGCCAAAGAAUUUUUGGAGAAAAGGUGCUGGGUUUGUCUCAGGGGAGUGUAAGUGACAUGCUGUCCAGGCCGAAACCCUGGAGUAAGCUCACUCAGAAGGGACGUGAGCCAUUCAUUCGCAUGCAGCUCUGGCUGACUGAUCAGCUUGGCCAAGGCAUCACCCAGCAGCCGCCCCUGUCACAAGGUACUGCAAGUCCAUCCGAGACUCAUUCAUCUCCAUCUCCACCUCCGAGCCCGUCUGAACAGGAUAAAAGCCUACCAGAGCCACACAUGCUAAACUCAGAGAGUAGCAAAGAAAAUCAGCAGCCAGAGAGUAGACCAGCCUCCUCCCUCAGCGGAAGAAGCUUUUCGAAUCAGCAAGCAGCGGGAAUCCAAGAAAUAGUGGCUAUGUCUCCAGAAUUAGAUACCUACUCCAUCACCAAGAGGGUCAAAGAAGUUCUGACGGACAAUAACUUAGGUCAGCGGUUGUUUGGAGAAAGUAUCUUGGGACUUACUCAAGGUUCUGUGUCAGACCUCCUAUCCAGGCCAAAACCAUGGCACAAGCUCAGCUUAAAGGGCAGAGAGCCUUUUGUGCGAAUGCAGCUCUGGCUUAGUGAUCCACAUAACAUCGAGAAACUCAGAGAUAUGAAGAAGAUGGAAAAGAAAGCUUAUCUUAAACGCCGUUACGGACUUAUAAGUGGUGGCUCAGACAGCGAGUCUUCCAACGCAAGAACAGAGUGCCCAAGUCCCAGCCUCCAUUCACAGGAAUACAACCUUCUGCAGAUGAAAAAGCCCAGGGUGGUCCUUGCAUUGGAAGAGAAAGAAGCACUGAAAAAAGCUUAUCAGUUGGAACCUUACCCAUCACAGCAAACUAUUGAGCUACUGUCAUUCCAACUGAACCUGAAAACAAACACAGUCAUAAACUGGUUCCAUAAUUACAGAUCUCGCAUGAGAAGGGAUCUUCUAAUGGAAGGUCAGCAGGACAAUGACACAGACCAUGAGCCAAACAGCUGUGAUAGCUUCACAUCAGCAUCUGCCUCACACAGAGAUCCUGCUUCACACAGCCCGAACCUUGAAGGAGAAGCCCGGAAGCCAGUAGUCAAUCACAUGAAACACAUGUUACAGAAUAACUACUACACUGGAGAAAGAAAAACAGCAAUGAUAAUUAAAAAAGAGAAGACAGAGGAUGAUGAUGAUGAUGAUUAUUCCAACCGAUGUGAGUCUUGUCAUUCUGAAGCAGCAUCAGAAACAUGUUGUGAGCCUGAUCCACCCAAAGCUCUUAGAGAAGGCCAGAUUAUUCCCACACACUGUGAUGGAUCUCCAAGACCAUGUUACCUACAAAAAAGCAACUCUUUGUAUGAUAACCCUCGCCAAGCUGGAGCACAUGACUGCACCUCACUGCUUUCUCGUAAAGAGAACUCUGGCACAGAGAGACAACGAGCUGACCCUAUCAGCUUUAAAUCUACUGUGGAGUCUUCGCGAUGCAGCCUUGAAGUGUCUCUUAAUUCACCAUCAGCCGCCUCAUCACCUGGGCUUAUGAUGUCUGUCUCUCCUAUACCAUCUUGUUCCGCUCCCAUUUCUCCAUCUUUGCCUAGCACUGCGUCAGUCAAGCUUCAUACUUCCAGUCCCACCAGUGACACUGGCCCUCUUCAUCCUUCAACAAAGCAUAGUCCGAACAACCAGAGGCGUAAUGAAAAGAUGGCCAACCUAAAUAACAUUAUUCACAGGCUUGAAAGAGCAGCCAAUAAGGAAGAGACUCUGGAAUGGGAAUUUUGAGAAACAAAAACAUUACCGUUUGUACCAAACUCUAUGAAACCUCAUAAAGUAGCAAAGAGGUUAUAGAGAACUCCUAUGUGCUGUUUUCUAUUUUUGUUUUUCUGGGAAUCAGAACUUUAUAAAAACAGGAGUAAAAAUGAAAUGUUUCAAAAAAUCUCUUGGAUCGAAACAAUAGGGUUUUUCAUUUUAAAACACUUUUAGAAAAAAAAAUAUUUAUAAACAUUUUAGAUAUUUUAUUAAAUAAUAUUUGAAAUUUAUUAUCAGCCUGUGCUGCUUUGUUGACAAAGAUUCAUAUAAAAAAACACAGAGCAGAUCAUGUAUAAUGAAGUCCCGUAGCUUGCCACUGGAUGAGAUUAAAAAACGAAUGUUAAAAGCCAUCAAGAAGCUACUAGGAAGCAGCCACAGCUAAUUGUAAUUCCGAGAGCUGCUCAGUUUCCAUAGCUGUCUAUGAGAUAGCACAGUUAUUAACUACCCUCCAAGAGAUAAAUGAAUAGUCUCAAAGACUCUAAAUUUAAAGUGUAAUCAUAUGAAAUGGGUUUUGAUCCUAUGGUCCAUUCUGCUCCAUUUUAAAACACAGUUCUGGGUAGUAGGAAAAAAAGUUACAAAAUUGAAGAAAUAGAUUCGCAAAGAAACUGUUCCUCCAAGAUCAAGAUUAUCUCAGGCAUGAGCUGGCUGUAACUUUCAAUCAUCCUAGGUAGAAAAAAUACAUCAUGUGGGCUGCUUAUUGUAUGCAAUCCUGUGUAAGAUGUAAACAAUGGCAUUUUUUUCAAACUACAAUUCAGACAUAAGAACCUACAAUCAUGAAGUGUUAAAGGUGCUGUUCCACUUAUAAAAAAAAAACUAAUUGCACUUGCCAGUAUGCUGAGAAAAUAAACAUGAAGUUUUAAUCACAUUAAAACAUAGAAACAGUCUUAUCUGGAAACAACGUUUCAGUGCCUGCUUUUGCGUCAUGUGACAAUAACACGAUCCUAGCCAGAAAAUAUGAAUGAGGCAAAA